GGAUAAGCGCUAAAGAGAAUGGACUUUGUGAAAAUUUAACGUCGGAAGUACAAGUUAACAACAGCUGCGUUUAAGUUUAAACCAAAUAGGCCGUGAUAUUUUUCACCUUUUAAAAUUGCAAAGACUUGCUUGCCCUUGUUGACAUUGCACUACCGUAAGAGGCCUUAACUGUUCAAAACAUGGCCUCGCAACGUUACAAUGUCUCGAGAUCACCGUCGAGCGCCAGCAGCCCUUACCAGUCGUACAGAUCGUUAAGUGACACAGAUAGCCCUAUUUUUUGCUCUCCAAGAUCAAGUCCAGACGCUGAAGUAAUGGAGAAUUAUGGCACUUUUGCCACCGCGACCGAUAACGAAGAGGAGCAGUUGGUAACACAAGAAAAUCACUUUGCAAGAGCUGAUAGUACGACCAGUCUGGUUCCUGCAUCAUUAGCUAUAGGGCUUCCGGCAGCAACGUCCUCGAAUUCGCCGGCAUCCGUAUCAUUCUGGGGACAUUUAAGAUCUUCAGGCAGGAAAGUCAAACCUUGGGUUCUGUUUUUUUUGGCUGUUGCUUUCAUAGUGUUGCUUUCCAUUUCUGAGGUAGAGCCUGGGAAAAGAAGGCUUCUGUGUGUUUCAGUUGACACCCCACAAUAUCUUGCACUAAAAAACGAAACAUAUUCUUAUGUUACUGUUGAAGUUCAGGGACCCUUUGCAUCUGAAGAUAAAGAGAAUUUUGCCCUUUCGACACAAAAUCUCAGCAUUAGUUUGGUCAGCAUGGCCACCAAAGCAUCAGGGGUCCUUGCACAGAAAAACAUCAGUAUUAUGUGCACUUCUACUCAGGGUGAAAAAAAUGAUCCUGUAGUCUCAAGAACAGUGAGACUUCAUUGUGAAGAAGAUGACAAUAUAACACAUGUGGUGCUGACAGCAACAACUUCAUACCCAAUUGCAAUUUCAGUGAUGUACUUUGAAGAACGUAAUGUCGAGGUUGUUUUUGCAUCUGUCAUCUUAGUUGGAGUGUACAUACUCAUCAUAUUUGAGUUUGUUCACCGAGCUACAGCAGCGAUGCUGGGUGCACUGGCAAGCUUAGCUACCUUGUCAAUCAUGGAUAAGAGACCUUCGUUGGACACCAUUAUCAGCUGGAUCGAGUGGAAAACUCUUGUUCUUCUGUUUGGAAUGAUGAUAUUGGUCGCAAUUUUUGCAAAGUCUGGAUUCUUUGAUUAUGUGGCAUUAAAGGCGUACAAGCUCUCUAGAGGUCAUGUAUGGGGUCUGAUUACUCUUCUCUGUGCUUGUACGGCGUUUAUUUCAGCUGUGCUGGAUAAUGUGACUGUCAUUUUGCUUUUGACUCCAGUUACAGUGACGUUGUGUCAAGUCCUAAAUCUUAAUCCUACAUACAUCUUGAUAGCUGAAGUAAUAUUUUCGAACAUUGGUGGAACGGCGACAGCAAUCGGUGACCCACCAAAUGUUAUUUUAGUUUCUAACAAGGACCUAAUUAGUCACGGUAUACACUUUGUAGAUUUCUUAAAACAUCUCGCUGGGGGUAUUCUGGUCUGCGUACUAGUGGCAUAUGUAGUUUUAAGGCUCCUUUAUCGAAAAGUGAAAAUUGUCAGUGACGAUCCGCCAAUCAUUGAAGAGAUUAAACGAGAGGCUGAGAUAUGGAAAAGAACUGCCGAUCGCCUGCCACAAAUCUCAGCUGAAGAGAAAACUGUCAAAUUAUUACUGAUGCAGAGGGUUAUGUUGCUUCAAAAUAAUGUUAGGAACAUGAAAAGAAACUCGUCCCGGCAAGGAGCUUUUCAACGAAGUCUGUCAGCACUUGAAAAAAAGUAUGUCAUCAGAGACAAAGCGCUGUUAUUCAAGAGUCUACUCGUUAUUAUUCUUGUUGUUGGCGCUUUUUUCGCGGAACCGGCGUUCAAGAAAAGCUUUCAUCUUGAUGUAGGAUGGAUUGCUGUCCUUGGCGCCAUACUUCUUAUCUUGCUGGCCGACGUGGCGCACUUUGAAGAAAUAAUGGAGAAAGUUGAAUGGACAACUCUGGUAUUCUUCAGCGGACUUUUCAUUUUAAUGGAGUCGCUGAAUGAGCUAGGACUCAUGGACUUUCUCGGUGACAUAACGUCAUCAUCAAUAGAGCGACUUGCUCCUAGCGAUGAUCCUAAAACAAAGCGUGGUAUUGCGAUUAUUAUCAUUUUGUGGGUCUCUGCGUUGGUGUCAGCCUUUAUAGACAACAUUCCUUUCACAACGGCUAUGAUUCCUGUUAUUUUGAAACUCAACGCAAAUGGAAUAAAGCUCGAACCUCUGGUUUGGGCGCUUGCUAUGGGGUCGUGCUUGGGAGGGAAUGGCACGCUUAUUGGUGCGUCGGCUAACGUUGUCUGUUCUGGGCUUUCAGAGCAGUAUGGAUACCCUAUAAGUUUCUCCACAUUUUUCAAAAUUGGAUUUCUCAUCAUGCUUGCAACCACAACAACAGCCAUGGUUUAUCUGUUGAUCAUAGAAGUUCUCAUCAGUAAUGAAUAGAGCCUUUUUUCACUUUUUAUUCAAUUUUCAGAUUCAUCAAUUUUACAUUAGCUGACCUGCAAAUAGCCAUCGCCUAAGGCCAGUCAGAAAUUAUGAUUGAGUUAACUAAGUUGACUGUCUAAGUUAACUACCUAAACUAAAUUGGAUUCAGUGUUGGGAAAUGGUCAGUGGUUAUUAGCCAAGUCAUGUAUGAUAAAGAGGAGUAGAAACUAGAAGGAGGAUGGAAUUUUCUAAAUUGCCUUCUCAGUGGUCCUCUCGUCUUAUUGAUUGCCACUUAGAAAGUUACGUGACCUCUUUUCUCUCUCUAAGAGGGAGCAGUGGCGGAUCCAGGGGGAGGGUCCGGGGGUCCGAACCCCCCCCCCAUCAGACCUGACGCUUACAACUUUGAGACUGCAAUUCUUACAUCCACAGGGAUCGUAUAUCACUUUUUAACUGGCUGAUAUUUUUAAUUAAUGAAUCCAAGUAAACGGUAAGCGGCCAAGGAAUU